AAAAACAAUAGAAACAUUAUCAACCGGUGUCCAAGAAAAACCAGAGACCAUGCAAGAACUGGUUUUUUGAGUGGUUUUUUUGUACAGUUCAGCUUUUAUGAUAAUAAGACUCGUCAGUGGCAGGCCAAAAUAUUGCCCCUCCAAGCCUCCAGCCGCCAGCCGGUACACCUUAAAAACCCGGAGACCAUGCCACUGUGACUGUUCAAAUUUCAAACUAAAGUAACCUGGAUUAUUGAGUUGGCCAGUAUUGGAAAUCAUGCUUAGACAAGCAUUCAAUCCCAUCGUUUCUGCUAUUCUUCCUACCAAUUUCAAAAUCCCUGUAGCUUCACGUUCGAUUUCUAAUGCCAUCUUACACAAUCCACGUACUGUUCGAGAAAAUGCCUCACCCAAUAAUAGAGAGCACGGCAUCAGCAGGCCAACCCCCCUAACUUCUCCGACCUCGGCUUAUGUCCAUCUUCCCUUCUGCAGAAAACGUUGCCAUUACUGUGACUUCGCGAUCGUUGCUCUGGGCAGUUCUUCUUCUAACAUGAUCGAGGAUGACCCGCGCAUCACAAACUAUGUUCAACUCCUCUGUCGUGAAAUCGAAGCCACAACUGCCGUGACACCUCCUGACAACCACCAGCCUCUCGAAACCAUCUUCUUUGGCGGAGGAACGCCAUCCCUCGUGCCUCCAAGACUCAUCUCCAGAGUUAUAGAUUCGCUGAGAUCAAAAUUUGGGUUGCAUUUCAAUGCUGAAAUCUCGAUUGAAAUGGACCCUGGGACGUUUGAUACGACGAAGAUGAGGGAAUUGCUGGCGUUGGGAGUGAACAGAGUGUCUCUUGGGGUUCAAGCCUUCCAAGAAGAGUUGUUGAGGGAGUGUGGGAGAGCCCACGGCGUCCAGGAGGUGUAUGAAGCAUUAGAUACCAUCAGCUCAUGUGGGCUGGCGAAUUGGAGUAUGGACCUCAUCUCUUCUCUCCCUCAUCAGACGCCAGAGAUGUGGGAAGAGAGCUUGAAACUCACCAUAGAAGCGAGACCUACUCAUGUUUCGGUCUAUGAUUUGCAGGUGGAGCAAGAUACCAAGUUCGGAGCUCUGUAUACAUCAGGGGAGUUCCCUCUUCCCUCCGAAACCCAAUCCGCGCAGUUCUAUAGGAUGGCCUCGGAGAAGCUUUCUAAUGCUGGGUACGACCAUUACGAGAUUAGCAGCUACUGUAAGAGUGGGUUUGAGUGUAAGCACAAUCUUACUUACUGGAAGAACAAACCAUUCUACGCAUUUGGUCUUGGAUCUGCAAGUUACAUUGAUGGGGUGAGAUUCUCAAGGCCUAGAAAGAUGAAAGAGUUCCUGGGCUAUGUGCAGAAUUUGGAGGAUGGAUUGGUUAACCAUAUCAUUGGUAGUGUUGACGCGAAGGACACCGCGAUGGAUGUUGUGAUGCUCUCCUUUAGAACCGCGAGAGGCUUAGACCUCAGGUCCUUCGCUGCAGAGUUUGGGAGCUAUCUACCGAUCUCCCUCUGCAAGGCACUUGGACCAUAUAUGGAGAGCGGUCAUGUGAUUGCUCUGGAUGAGAAGAGAAAAGCAUUGCAUGCAGAUGAACUUGGAUUUAUGCUAUCAAAUGAGAAGAAGAUUGAAGAGUUGGUGCACUUUCUUCGGCUUAGUGACCCAGAUGGAUUUCUUCUUUCAAACGAGUUGAUAUCUGUUGCAUUUGCAGCAAUGUCUCCGUAAGAUGCCAUGUCUUCUGCAAAUUAGAGUGUUGCAAGGAGGCGAAAGGGAAGAGUUGCAGUAGCUUGGAUCUCAGGACCAUUUAUUACCCCUACUCUAGUACAGAGUACAGACAGGGAAACUUAUCUUUUUUGGGUGUGAAGGGGGAGGGGAGGUGGGGGCACAAAGCUUACAGUAAUGGAUUGAUAGGGCAAUUACUGUGAAGACCAACAUUAUACAUUAGCAGCUUUCAUCAAUGGUAGCACACAACCUUUUUUGAGGGAGCAACCAAAAAGUUUGAUAAUC